AUGGGGAAUGUUCCAACCGAUGAGGACAUCGCCUGGAUGAUGGCACACAUCAGCGACUCCACGGUUCCCGACAUCAUUAUUUGCUGCGUCAUCUGUAGUAUUGCUUCGGUCAUCGUCUUGGCCCUACGCAUCUGGUCAAGAUUCCAGGUCGGCCUCAAGCCCAUAUUCAGUGACUGGCUGAUAUUUUUCUACAUCGCCUUCUGCAUAGUCUUUGCCUUGUCGACUAGGUAUGGAGCUGGCAGACACAUCAUUCUCGUGACGGACCCAGCAGAAAUGCGCAUCUUGACUAUUCUCAAUAUCUGCAAUCCGAUCCUGUAUGGUGUUUCCAGUGUCCUGGUCAAAUGGAGCAUCCUCGCGUUAUAUCUUGCCAUCUUCCCCCAGAGGAAGUUCCACUACUGGGUUCACUUCGUGGGCACCGUCAACGUACUCAACGGAGUUGCCAUUAUCCUAGUCAGCUGCCUCCAGUGCCGCCCGCUCGAAGCAUUAUGGAAUCCGGCGGUGGAAGGCACUUGCAUCAAUUUCAGUUAUUUCAGCGUCUUCAACAGCCUCUUCAAUUUUCUGUUGGACGUGGUCAUUCUCCUCACGCCUCUUCCCCUCGUUAAGCAACUCAACUCGUCGACCCGGAAGAAAGUCCUGCUAUCGAUCAACUUUGCGCUAGGUGGAAGCGCUUGUAUAGUCGCAGCUAUCCGCGUGCCCUACGCAAGGCGAGUAGGAGGCACCGUGAACCCAAGCUGGGACAUGAUCCCGGGCGGAUUGCUCUGCGUAGUCGAGGUUGCGGUUGCCCUUUUGACCGCGUCCCUGCCUACCUACCGCCCUUUGCUGGGGUUUCUCGGCAUCACCACCACAUCCAACUCCCCGUCCAACUAUAAACGAGGUAACUUGCAUAAUUCGAGCAGUUUUGGAGGCAAUCAAGUCAGCACCCACAUCACGAGCGGCAGGGACAUAUCGUCUCAGCGGGCAGGCAUUAGCAUCACGGAUGAUAUCUCGUUGACGACGCACACAUACGUAGGAGGAGAAUGGGUACGAGUGGCAGACGAGGAUGACGAUGCUGCUGGCUUGGUAGUGUCCAACAAAUCGACCCCAUACGCGCGAACGGUAAGUAGUACAUUGAGCGAUAAGUUGUAUUAA